AGCAGUUGGUGACGCUCUAUCUUCAGGAUGUACACGGAAUAGGGGUAAACUAUCGUCGUCAGGAUUGUCUAGCCUGGAGGAUGAUUCUGAGAAUGCUGAGGACUGGUACGAAAUAUAGGAAGAACUUCUGGAGAAGGUAGAGUUUGCUGCUGGGAAGUCUGGAAGUAGUGAAACGUGUUCCCCACUUCUUGUAGAUCCACAGCUGAACCGUUCCGCAUAAUAAAAUAUAAGCAGAUAUCACACUGAUACUGAUAGUGUCCACGAAGCACUUGGAGAUCCCAUGGUCCACCCAUAUCUCAGUAAAGGUCACAUUCGGUGGGCAGUACCCCAUUGACACAUUGAUCAUUUUAAUUUAUGGACAAUUUGCUUCUUCUGCCAGUGAAAAUUUAGCUCGACAAUUCAAAAAUACCCCCAAAAUAGCACAGAUCAGAUUGAAGAGCCACUUUAAUCCCUUUUAAUCGAGCUUAAACCUUCAAGUGUCCUCGACGAUCUUCGCGAUGUUUUUGAAAAGUCAUCACAGCUGAUGACACCACUAUGUACCACUAUGCACAGCGCGCACAGCUGAUGUAAACCGUCUACAUAAGCCGGAGUCUAGGCCUACAUAACCUCAAAGCAGUUCUGCAUCAUCUAAAACAGGCGGUGGGACAGCUGGUGAUUCAGCUGUGCAGAGCCUGGGGCUUGAAUUCAGUCAGUGUUGUCAGGGAUCGAGAGGAUAUCGGUGAUCUCAAGGAUCAUCUCAAGUGUCUAGGAGCCACUGAGGUCCUUACCGAGACAGAAGUGCGAACCACUGAUUUGUUCAAGAGCAAGAGAUUAAAUCCACCGAAAUUAGCGUUCAACUGCGUCUGUGGGGAAAGUGCUCUGAAUAUUCUCAGGCAUUUGGCUCAGGACGGGCUAAUCGUUACAUAUGGAGCAAUGGCCAGGGAACCUCUCACCAUUCCAGCUUCAGCCCUCAUUUUUAAGAAUAUCACAGCCAAGGGAUUUUGGAUGACAUCUUGGGUGAAGUCUCACUCAGACUCUCAGGAACGGUGGGAGAUGCUAGACGACCUGGGGAACCUCUUCGCCUCAAAAAAGCUCCAGGCACCCCCUCACAAAAUCAUUCCACUCGAUGAGUACCAAGAGGCUGCGAAGAACACUCUUCAGAGAGAUGGGAAAACCGGGAUCAAAUACAUUCUGCGCCUCUCGUAAAAUACAAUCUUUUAUUUAUUCAUAUUUUUUUUGUUCCAACAAUUUUCAACGUGAUUGUACAAUUGACAAAUGAUUAUUCAAAUGCUAUCAAUAGAGUGAUUGCAAUAAAUUAUAUUAUUAUGGGGAUCAACUA